AUGUCUGCCUYCUCGACAACCAAGGCCCACGCGGCACUCAAGUGGUUUCACUCUUUCUGCCCGCUCGAGAGUCUCAAUCCACUGGACGAGGGUAUUUGUAGGAAUAUAGUUGAAAGCGCCAAAAGAUCCCGGACAACUCCCAAAACAAAGAAGAAACCUAUCACCAUUGAAAUGAUGAAGCGGAUUAUAGACAAUUAUGCAACAGACAACGCAUCCUUGAAAGAGCUACGUGUGGCCACUUUAUGUGCAAUUGGAUUUGCUGGGUUCCUGCGAUUCAAUGAACUGUCAAACAUUAAACCGAUACACAUCUCAUUUGAUAAGCAAUUUAUAGUAAUUUUCAUUCCAAAUAGUAAAGCUGACAUUUACCGAGAAG